GCCUGCGGUUGGAGGUUAAAGAAUGCUGAGGAAGGCAUCCUGGCUUUUCACCAUCUUCUCCAAUCUGCCAUCCGUCGCCCUGGGCACGCAUCUGUCUGACACCCUUCUGUCACCCACUAUCCCUCUCUGUGUCUGAGCAGGGAACCUGAAGCCAGAGCUGUCUCUCAGGCGGUGUCCGUGCUCUUCUCUUGCUUGCCCCAGAAGCAGACCUGGGUGCCCCCCAACCCUGGUCUUCAGACAUCCUCUGCCAUGUCAUCUUGGGGAAUCCCAAGUAUUCCAUCGGGCCGGCCAGAGGGCAGCGGAGUGUCUCUCCCACCCCCACCCGGUUCCCCUCUUAGAUCCAGGGAACAGCCAGGCCACUGGCUGGGCUCCGGAGCCUCAGGAAGUCCCUUCAGUUGUCUGGUGUCCAGGCCGCUCCCUCGUGGCUCCAGCCCCCCACCUGUUGUAGUUGCUGCUCCUGAAGGAUGUGCACGUGUGUGUCUGUAUGUCUGCGGCAUGUGCCGUGUGCCUGGGUCUGUGUGUACGUGCGUGUGUGAGGCCCUGAUCAUGUGCGACCGUGUGUGCACGUGUUUGUCUAACCUAGGUGUGCGUGUGUAUACUCCUCUGUGGGUCCAUCCGUGUGCACCUUGGCACAAGAGUGUGCUUCUCUGGGUGUGUGGUGUGUUCCGUCUGCAGGAGUGCGUGUGGAUGUGUCUGUGUCUGCAUAAGUGUGUGUGUGCGUGUGUGCGCGUGUGAGAUGGUGCAGCAGCGGCAGUGAGCGCAGAUGGCUGCAGGCACCCCCCGGGCGAGAAGCUGUGUGUCCAGCGUCCGGAGCAUACUGCCCCUGGGCCCGAGAGAUGGGUGCUCCCCUGGGCGCCCCCUCCCCUGGCAGGGGCCGCGGACCCUGCUGCUGCACAAAAGUCUCCAGGACGGCUUUGGCUUCACCCUGCGCCACUUCAUCGUGUACCCGCCCGAGUCCGCCGUGCACUGCAGCCUGAAGGAGGAAGAGAAUGGAGGCCGAGGAGGAGGAGGACCCUCCCCCCGGCACCACCGCCUGGAGCCCAUGGAUACCAUCUUUGUCAAGAAUGUGAAGGAUGACGGCCCCGCCCAUAGAGCGGGCCUGCGCACUGGAGACCGGCUGGUGAAGGUGAAUGGGGAGAGCGUCAUUGGGAAGACCUACUCCCAGGUCAUAGCUCUGAUCCAGAAUAGCGAUGAUACUCUGGAGCUCUCCAUCAUGCCCAAGGACGAAGACAUCCUCCAGCUGGCCUACUCCCAGGAUGCCUACCUGAAGGGGAACGAGCCGUAUUCUGGAGAGGCCCGGAGCAUCCCAGAGCCACCCCCAAUCUGCUACCCUCGCAAGACUUAUGCCCCGCCAGCCCGGGUCUCCACCUGGGCCACUAUGGUGCCUGAGCCCCUCUCAGCACUGCCCGGUGACCCCCGGAGUCCUGCCGCCUGGAGUGACCCGGGGCCCCGCGUCCCUUCUGCCGCCCGCACCCAUCCGGACAACUCUUCCUUGGGGAUGAGCCAGCCCCGCUCCAGCCCUGGUGCCUUCCCCCGCCUCCCCUCGGAGCCCCGGACGCCCCGUGCCUUCCCUGAGCCUGGCGGCCGGGUGCCCCCCAGCAGACUGGAGUGCCAGCAGGCCUUGUCACACUGGCUGUCAAACCAGGUACCCCGCAGGGCGGGGGAGAGACGGUGCCCUGCCAUGCCCCCCCGGGCCCGCAGUGCCUCCCAGGACCGGUUGGAGGAUGUGACUGCCCACCGCCCAUGGCCCUGUUCCACCUCCCAGGGUGCCUUGAGCCAGUUGGGUCAGGAAGGCUGGCACCGAGCUCGCUCAGACGACUACUUGAGCCGGACCACCCGCUCCGCCGAGGCACUGGGGCCAGGAGCACUGGUGUCGCCCCGUUUUGAGCGCUGCGGCUGGGCUUCCCAGCGUCCGUCUGCCCGCACCUCUGCCUGCUCCCCCAGGGACCUCCCCGCGCCCCAGGCCCCACCCCCACCUGGUCUCCAAGGCCUGGAUGACAUCGGGUACAUUGGAUACCGGAGCUACAGUCCAUCAUUCCAGCGCCGGACUGGCCUCCUGCACGCACUCUCCUUCCGGGACACACCCUUUGGGGGGCUGCCCACCUUCAACCUGGCUCAGUCCCCGGCAUCGUUCCCACCGGAGGCCUCCGAACCGCCCAGGGUUGUCCGCCCGGAACCCAGCACCCGGGCUCUGGAGCCUCCCACUGAGGAUCGUCGCGACGAGGUGGUCCUGAGGCAGAAGCCUCCCACAGGCCGCAAGGUCCAGCUGCCCCCUGCAAGACAGAUGAACCUUGGGUUUGGGGAAGAGUCCCCAGAGCCAGAGACCAGUGGGCGAGUAGAACGCCUGGGCAGGAAGGUGGCCCCUUUGGCCACUACUGAAGACUCUCUGGCUUCCAUCCCUUUCAUUGAUGAACCCACCAGCCCCAGCAUUGACCUCCAAGCCAAGCAUGUCCCUGCCUCUGCUGUGGUCUCCAGCGCCAUGAAUUCAGCCCCCGUCCUGGGCACCAGCCCAUCCUCCCCAACCUUCACCUUUGCCCUCGGCCGCCAUUACUCCCAGGACUGCAGCAGCAUCAAGGCUGGGCGCCGCUCCUCCUACCUGCUGGCCAUCACCACAGAGCGCUCCAAGUCCUGUGACGACGGGCUCAACGCCUUCCGGGAAGAGGGCAGGGCUCUGAGGCGCCUGCCAAACCGAGUACCCAGCCUGCGGAUGCUGCGAAGCUUCUUCACUGACGGGUCCUUGGAUAGCUGGGGCACUUCCGAAGAUGCGGAGGCUCCCUCUAAGCGCCACUCGACCUCUGACCUCUCGGACGCAACCUUCAGCGAUAUCAGGAGAGAAGGCUGGUUGUGUUAUAAGCAGGUCCUCACCAAGAAGGGGAAGAAAGCGGGCGGCGGCCUGCGCCAGUGGAAGCGGGUGUACGCCGCGCUGCGGGCGCGCUCGCUCUCGCUGAGCAAGGAGCGGCGGGAGCCCGGGCCGGCGGCGGCGGGGGCGGCGGCGGCCGUCGCAGGUGAGGACGAGGCGGCGCCCGUCUGCAUCGGCUCCUGCCUGGUGGACAUCUCCUACAGCGAGACCAAGAGGAGGCACGUGUUCCGGCUGACCACCGCUGACUUCUGUGAAUAUCUCUUUCAGGCUGAGGACCGGGAUGACAUGCUGGGCUGGAUCAGAGCGAUCCGAGAGAACAGCAGGGCCGAGGGCGAGGACCCCGGCUGUGCCAACCAAGCUCUGAUCAGCAAGAAGCUUAAUGAUUAUCGCAAAGUAAGCCAUAGCUCUGGGCCCAAAGCUGAUUCCUCCCCCAAAAUCUCUCGUGGCCUGGGGGGCCUCAAGUCUGAGUUCCUCAAACAGAGUACUGCACGUGGCCUCAGGACUCAGGACCAGCCUGCAGGGAGCAAGGAUGACAGUGCUGCCCCUCCCAAAACCCCCUGGGGCAUCAACAUCAUCAAGAAGAACAAGAAGGCAGCCCCUAGGGCUUUUGGGGUCCGGCUGGAGGAGUGCCAGCCGGCCAUAGAGAACCAGCGGGUCCCCCUGAUCGUGGCCGCGUGCUGUCGCAUUGUGGAGGCACGGGGGCUGGAAUCCACGGGCAUUUACCGAGUGCCAGGCAACAAUGCAGUGGUGUCCAGCCUGCAGGAGCAGCUCAACCGUGGGCCCGGUGACAUCAACCUGCAGGAUGAGCGCUGGCAAGACCUCAAUGUGAUCAGCAGCCUGCUCAAGUCCUUCUUUCGAAAGCUGCCUGAGCCUCUUUUCACCGAUGACAAAUACAACGACUUCAUUGAGGCCAAUCGCAUCGAAGACUCAAGGGAGCGGAUGAAGACGCUCCGGAAGCUGAUCCGGGAUCUCCCAGGACACUACUAUGAAACGCUCAAAUUCCUCGUGGGCCAUCUGAAGACCAUUGCUGACCACUCGGAGAAAAACAAGAUGGAGCCCAGGAACCUGGCCCUGGUCUUCGGGCCGACGCUGGUGAGGACGUCUGAGGACAACAUGGCGGACAUGGUGACCCACAUGCCGGACCGCUAUAAGAUCGUGGAGACGCUGAUCCAGCACUCAGACUGGUUCUUCAGCGAUGAUGAGGACAAGGGAGAGAGAACUCCUGUGGAUGACAAGGAGCCUCAGUCAGUGCCCAACAUUGAGUACCUCCUGCCUAACAUUGGCAGGACAGUGCCCCCUGGUGACCCAGGUUCAGAUUCCACCACCUGCAGUUCAGCCAAGUCCAAGGGCUCGUGGGCCCCCAAGAAGGAGCCGUACGCCCGGGAGAUGCUGGCGAUCUCCUUCAUCUCGGCGGUCAACCGCAAGCGGAAGAAGCGGCGGGAGGCGCGGGGGCUGGGCAGCAGCACCGACGACGACUCGGAGCAGGAGGCGCACAAGCCCGAGGCGGGGGCGCCGGCGCCGGGGGCGCGGGACCAGCCGCAGGGGCCGCUGCCGGGCGCCGCCGCCGCCGCCGUCCCCCCCGAGGCCGCCGGCCGCCUCAGCCCCCCGGCGGCGCCGGACGAGCGGCCGGCCGCGGACACGCGCUCCAUCGUCUCGGGCUACUCCACCCUGUCCACCAUGGACCGCAGCGUGUGCUCGGGCGCGGGCGGCCGGCGGCCGGGCGCGGGGGACGAGGCGGACGACGAGCGCAGCGAGCUGAGCCACGUGGAGACGGACACGGAGGCCGGCGCGGGGCCCGGGGGGCGCCCGGCGCGCCGGCCGUCCUUCAGCUCGCACCGCCUCAUGCCCUGCGACACCCUGGCGCGCCGCCGCCUGGCCCGCAGCCGCCCGGACGCCGAGGGCGCGGGCGCGGGCGCGGGCGCGGGCGCGGGCGCCGGCAGGGGCGGUCCCCGCGCCGCGGAGCCGCCGGGCUCGGCCUCGUCCAGCAGCCAGGAGUCGCUGCGCCCCCUGGCGGCGGCGGCGGCGGCGGCGGCGGCGGCGCUGGGCUCGCGGCCGUCGCGCAUCGAGGCGCUGCGGCUGCGCCUCCGCGGCACCGCCGACGACAUGCUGGCCGUGCGGCUGCGGCGGCCGCUGUCGCCCGAGACGCGGCGGCGCCGGAGCAGCUGGCGGCGCCACACGGUGGUGGUGCAGAGCCCGCUGACCGACCUCAACUUCAACGAGUGGAAGGAGCUGGGCGGCGGCGGCGGCCCCCCGGAGCCCGCGGGCCCUCGGGCGCACAGCGACAACAAGGACUCGGGCCUCAGCAGCCUGGAGUCCACCAAGGCGCGGGCCCCGUCGUCCGCGGCCUCGCUGCCGCCCGGCGACCCGGGGCCCCUGCAGAGCCAGCCGCCGCGCCGCUCGGCCGCCUCCCGCCUCCACCAGUGUCUGUGACCGGCCGCCCUGCCCCAGUCUUCCCUGGCUCGCACGCCCUCCUCUCGCCCCGCGGCGCGUCUGGCGCUGCAGGCCGCGCCUCCCUCGUUUGUGUGCGGGGGUGGGUAGUAGGCGGGCAGGCGAGAAGGCCCGGCUGGCCGCGCGGUGGGA